GUGACAGGGGCAGAGAUGAGGGUCCAAGAGGGCUGGGAGUAGGGAUCCUGAGAAGCGCAGUGGGAGUCCUAGGGGGCUCAAAGUGGAACCCUAAAAGAUUCAGAAUCGACAUCUGAGGGGUUCAGGGAGCUAAGAAGGAGUCAAGCUCAGGUCCUUUUGAAGGGGUCCAGAGUGAGAGGUUCCGAGGAGGCUGAGCGUGGACAUGUCUGAGGAGAAGCCGCGGACUAGGGGCACGCGGAUGCUCAGAAUGGGAUCUCUGAAAGGGCCGAGGCCAGAGGAGGGAUGGUGAGGUUCUGAGUGUUGGAGAGCCACGCUCAUGGUUGCAGGCCUGACGUGGGAUAUCAGGACUGGUUGCAAGGAGUUGCUGUCAAUGGAGGAGCAGGAUGCCAGGGUCCCGGCCCUGGAACCAUUUAGGGUGGACCAGGCACCACCUGUAAUCUACUAUGUCCCUGACUUCAUCUCCAAAGAAGAGGAGGAAUAUUUGCUUCGACAGGUUUAUAAUGCCCCCAAACCAAAGUGGACCCAGCUGUCUGGGAGGAAGUUACAGAAUUGGGGUGGGCUCCCCCAUCCCCGUGGGAUGGUCCUUGAGCGGCUGCCCCCAUGGCUUCAGCGCUACGUGGAUAAGGUGUCUGAUCUCAGCCUUUUUGGGGAUCUCCCAGCUAACCAUGUCCUCGUGAACCAGUAUCUGCCUGGGGAGGGCAUCAUGCCCCAUGAGGACGGACCACUGUACUACCCGACUGUCAGCACCAUCAGCCUGGGCUCCCAUACCAUACUGGAUCUCUACAAACCACGGCAACCAGAGGACGAUGAUGCUACAGAACAGCCCCGGCCACCGCCCAGGCCCAUCUCUUCGCUGCUGCUGGAGCCUUGCAGCCUGCUGGUGCUCCGUGACACCGCCUACACGCGCCUCCUGCAUGGGAUCGCAGCAGCCCACGUAGACGCACUGGACGCCAAUUCGCUGCCGGCAAACGCAGCUGCCUGCCAGUCUGCGCAGCCCGGAGCCUGCCUGGUGCGCGGCACCCGUGUCUCACUGACCAUCCGCCGCGUGCCCCGCGUGCUGCGCGCCGGUCUCCUUCUGGGCAAGUGACCAACGGGCUUCUGGGCUUCUGUCCCCUCUGGGCUGCUGUGACUGUGAUCUUGUCACCUUGGAACCCUGGGAUAGAGGCAGCUACCCUGGGUUAUUUAUUUUCCUAGAAACUGUGGGAAACACCCCAUUUCAAAUAAAUAAUAUCUUUCCAUCACA